AUGGCAUCUUCUUUAGAAAACCUGGAAACUCAGCUGGAAAUGUUCAUCGAAAAUGUUCGGCAAAUUCACAUAAUUGUUAGUGACUUCCAACCACAAAGUCAAAAUGUGUUGAAUCAAAAACUUCAAUCUUUAGUUCAUGGAUUACAGGAGGUUGAUAAAUUGAAAUCUCAGGUACAAGAUGUCCAUGUACCUUUGGAAGUCUUUGAUUAUAUUGAUCAGGGGCGUAAUCCACAGUUAUAUACAAAAGAUUGUAUUGAGAAAGCACUAGCCAAAAAUGAACAAGUGAAAGGAAAAAUUGAUGCCUAUAGGAAGUUUAAAGCAAAUAUGUUAUUAGAAUUGAGUAGGACAUUUCCUAAUGAACUGAGCAAAUAUAGAGCUUUAAGAGGAGAUGAAUAAAUCUGUGCAGUCCUUUAUGAAGAAUGUACUUUCUACAUGUUACAUAAUAGUAUUAACUUAUAUUUGAAUAUAUUUACAGAGUGAGCAAAACUCAAAGCCUCAGCUCUUCCAUGUGAAGAAAAACCAUUAGCAAAUCUGAAUAGAGGUCCUUGUAUGGGAUUGAGUAAGAUCCAUUUUGAGCCAAAUAUCAUAUUUCUACAUAUUCAGAAACUGAAGUAAUGAUGCCAUCUAGUUAAUUGUGACAUACCAAUUUGAAAAAAGCUGAUUUUCCUGUACAAAUUUUGUGUAAAGAAAAGUUUGCUAUC